UUAGGUGAAACUCCAUCUCUCCACGCCUCUCACUCUCUUUGCUUUCGUUGACGGCCCCCUCGACAUCCACUCACCGGACCUCCCGCAGUUUCCCAGCAUGUAACAAGAGCUGUGGCUGAGGGCCAAAUCUCAGGUGCUCGCCUCCCUAAAAGCAGUGUGUGCGAUGAGAGCAGCCGCUUCGCAUCCGCUUCCGAUAAGACCGUCCGAACGCGAACUUAAAAGCGCUCUGUGCGGCAGUGAUGUCGCCGGCAACUCGCCGAGAACUCAGCUCAAGGCGCGGACUUCCAACAACACGUUCAGCAACAGUCAUGUGUUUCCACAUGGCCAUAACAGAGAAAAUACAGAUGAACACAAUGCUGGUGAAAGUCCUUGGAACAAAAACAACCCUGUAAAGGCUUCAAGAAGCCACCAGGAACUUCACAGAGAGCUUCUCCUGGCCCACAAAAAAGGCCUGGUAGUGUCCACUAAGCCUGAGCUCCAGAUGGUUCUGGAGAAGCGCAAGAGGGAACAGACCCAGCGGGAGGAGGGAGAGCAAGGUAGAAGCCCUCUGGAGCAGGUCCUUCUCCAGCGUCAGCAGAGGCAACAGGAGGUGACGAAGGAAAAGGAACAGGAAGAGAAGGUGCGUGAAGAGAUUCAGCUUCUGGAGUUUGUCAGAGUAAGACAAAAUUUGAGAAAAGUCCACUCAGCUCUGCAGAAGAAGACCAAUCCGUGAAUCUUGCUGACAUAAGAAUCUGGGAAAGGAAUACUUAUCCAGUAGCCACAUCAAACUGAGCAACUUUCAGUAGUGUUUCAUAAUGCCUGAAAGCAGAGUUCUCACAUUCUAAAGGGGAGUUCUCACAUUCUAAAUCACAUUCCUUUAUCCUUCAUUGGCACAAAGCGUCACAUCUGUGGUUUGCACGUGCCUUUUCUGUCCAUGAGCUAGUCAUUCAUUAAUAUCAAAGUUUUCUCUCAGUACCUUCAGCACUUUUUUUUUUUUUAGA